GUACUUCAUUAGCGAAGAAUUUAGGUAGAGAUACUCUUUCCCUCUCAUUCGGACCUCCUCGAUAUUUUUCGAUUCAAAAAGCAAUUUUCCAAUCUGAAAACAUGCCCGCUCAGAAGACCACCAAGGCUAAGCGCCCCAACCACCGCUUUGUCAUCGACGUGUCGCGCCCCGCUGAGGACAAGAUCUUCGACGUUGCCGCGUUCGAGAAGUUCCUGCACGACCGCGUCAAGGUCCAGGGCCGCACCAACAACCUCGGUGAGUCGGUGACCAUCACCCGCGAGGGUGACAGCGCCAUCGUUGUCCAGGCCAAGAUCGACUUCUCCAAGCGCUACCUGAAGUACCUCACGAAGAAGUUCCUGAAGAAGAACAACCUCCGUGACUGGCUCCGUGUGGUCUCGACCGAGAAGGACACCUACACCCUCAAGUACUUCAACAUCUCGAGCAAGGAUGAGGAGUCCGAUGACGAGGACGAGGAGUAAAUGUGCAUCCCCUGACAGCCAAAUGUGCUUGAUGUGGAGCGUUCAUUUUGUCCGUUCUGGGGAUCUAUUUUUUGGGUACACAAUAAAUACAUCCCUAUCCCAAACAACAGAAUUUACUCGCUGUGAAAUGCAUACUGCGUCUACAGCUCGUUGCCGACCGUGACCCAGUAGUCGCGCAGGUUGUUUUUGCGCCCAAAAAUCUCCAGGUACCGGCCACCCGGCACCAGCUGCUCAAUGAUCUCGUACAGCUCCUCGGGCUUCUGGCUCUGGCCGCGGCGCUCCGAAAAGAUCACGUCCGAUGCAACUGAUCUCCGGAGGUUGGGCGGAUCAG